AUGUUGCUGUUCAACAUGUACAAUCUGAAAACCCUCGACUUGCAGCUUCCUCCUUCAGUGGUAGCUGCCAUGUGGAAGCCUUCCACCCUUGUUGGCUUUGUCUGUGCCUUUUUUAUCUCUCAGCUGCUACUGUUCGCUGCUCGGUAUCCCAGGACUAGCAUGACAGGUAUCCCUGGACCGUCGGGCUGGCCUUUGAUUGGGAUCGGACUGGACUUGCCCGCCCGACCACGGGAGAUGUUGAACAAGUGGACUGCACAGUACGGAGAUAUAUUCAAGGCCCGAAUUGGCUGGUAUGACUGGGUGUUUUUCAACAGCCCCCGCGCUGUGAAAGAGGUUUUCGAUAGACAGGCAGCUGUCACCUCAGACAAGGUGCCACUGCCAAUUGCGCAAGAGUUCUGUCUUCGCGGCGACGGCGUGCUUGCCAUGACGUACAGUCAAAAAUGGAAGCGUCUACAUGCCUACCUCAAGCAGCUGUUAAGCCCUCGGGCAUCAACGGCAUUCAUUCCCAGCCAGGAAUUUGAAAUUAAGCAGCUACUCUCUGACCUGUCCCGCGAAGCAGGCAAGAAUAGUAGCACUGACUUCUACAUGCACAUUCGCAGAAUGACUUUCUCUAUUGUUAUGACAUCGGCAUACGGGCUUCGCAUUCCCAAAUGGGACUGCCAGGAGGUCCGUGAUGUGUAUGGGAACAUGCGUAUGUUAUCUAUUAUUCUUCGACCAGGAGUAUUUUGGAUUGAUGUGUUUCCGCCACUAAACUGGCUGCCUCGAUUCUUGUUCCCCUCAUGGCCUAAGGCCAAGUGGAUGGCUGAGAAAAUGCACAGUGCUAAGAUGAGGCAUUGGAAUAAUCUUAAAGAACGUAUAGCGCAGGGUAAUGCCCCAGAAUGCUUUGCUAAGGAUCUCAUGGAGUCCAAUUAUCGCGAUUAUGGUCUCGAGGAGGAGACGAUGAGCUGGUUGGCCAGUGCUGUGCCUGAAGCUGGCGCUGAAACAACCGCCAGCGCCCUGAACGGCAUGAUCCGCUACCUGGCCACAUUCCCCGAAGCCCAGGCAGCCGCACAUGAUGAAGUAACUCGCGUCUUAGGGAACAACCGCAUGGCGACUCUUGAUGACGAGCCCAACAUGCCUUACAUCCGCGCGCUGAUCAAAGAGACGCUGCGCCUGUGUCCUGUGGCGACGACUGGUCUCCGCCGCAUGGCAGGUGCAGACAUUAAAUACCAGGAUCAUACAAUUCCCAAGGGCACAAUCCUCUUAGCAAAUAUCAACCAUCUACACUGGGAUCCGGCACGAUUCGACGAACCCUUUAAAUUCAAACCAGAACGGUAUUUGAACCACCCGCACCGGUCUGCUGUAUAUGCAGCAGGCGCAGACAUCAUGGCACGCGAUCAUUUCACCUUUGGUGCGGGGCGCCGUAUUUGUCCGGGGAUUCAUCUUGCUGAGAACGGGCUGUUCCUGGCUGUGUCGAAUAUUAUCUGGGCGUACGAGUUUCGGCCUCCUAUAGGGGAAGACGGGAAGGAGGAGCCAUUGGAUAUUAGCGACGAGGGCUUCAUGGAGGGGGCGAUUCGAGUACCGAAGCAGUACUCGAUUCGGAUUCUGGAGAGAACCCGUGAGAGGUCGGAGGUGAUCCAGAAGGCAUGGGCACAGGCGCAGGAGGAUGGAUAUGUGUUAAGGGGGGUUCACGUAGAUGCCGAUGGGGGUGUUAAGGGGGGAGUGAAGAAAUAA